CGUAGGUGGCUGGAUCAUUCUGUCAAGGAGUGCGGAUGGAGCGGACUCGACCGCAGAUCUCCUUUGCGAUGAGACAGCAAAUUUAUUUACAGUGCAAAAAAAUAACAACAGUUCAGUGUGUAAUCCUUAGGCAGCAGUCUGUCAAAAUGUAAACAGACACAAAUGAGCAGGUCGCCCGGCCAGGGCUGGUCAGACCAUGGCAAGAGGUGUAUUGAUCAACAGUAUGCCCCCACCUCCAUCUUCCUCAAGAAAGUGAAAACCGCCACUAAGAUCAACAUGCUAGCUACAGAAAGUGUGUCUCUGCUGCUUCUCUCACUUCUGUCUUCUUUGUUCCAUUGUGAACAUUCACUUGCUUUUUCACUAAAAAACUGCACAAUCCUCUAUUCUGAAAAUCCAAACAAUGUGUCAGUUACAUGUGCAGAGCGUCACCUCACUGCUAUUCCAGAUGACAUUCCUGGAAAUGCAGUAUUGCUCAAUCUCAGCUCAAAUCACAUUUUAAAUAUUUCCAGGAUGGAUUUAAGAGGUUUAUCUAAGCUUGAAGCUCUAUAUGUUAAAUAUAAUUGGAUUUUACAAAUUGAUAAUGGAACUUUUGCAGACUUGGUAGAGUUAAAGGUUCUCGACUUGGGUGAAAACUCACUCACAGCACUGACAAAAAACAUGUUUCAGGGUCUUUCCAAAUUAGAGACCCUAUCUCUGAACAGCAACAUUAUCUCAUUUAUCUCCCCUGUGGUCUUUCAGCCCCUGGUCAUGAUACGUUCAGUAGAUUUGAGCCACAAUUUCCUGCAUCAAAUUACAGAUAUUGAUCACAUUAUUAAACUCCCGACUUUACAACGUUUGAUUAUUACUCACAACAACUUUACUUCGUUUCAGUCAGAUGACCUCCAUGUAAAUACCUCAAACCUACUCAUUCUAAGUUUGGAUUCAGUGAAAAAGUUCAGCAUUACAAGAGACAUUUUUCCUCAUCUGCAGUCUCUGGACUUGCGAGGCUGGAAAGGGAACAUCCAGUGGGUAGUAUCAAACAAGACCUUUUUGAGGAGCCUAACGAGACUGCACAUGAGUGAAACGUCUCUUAACUUUGAUGUGUACAAAACGAUUCUGCAGACUACUUACUCUCUUCAAGAAUUUCAGAUGGAUAACAUAAAAAAGUGGAUAGAUGAUGGUUUCAUUGAUGUCGCCUGCCAAAUUCAUUCUCUAAGAACUGUUGAUGUGAGAAAUAGUGAAAUUCACACCAUAAAAGAGAACAUGCUCCAGUCUUGCUCUAAACUUACUGAGCUCAAUUUAUCAUCUAACCAUAUAGAGAGCAUGGCUGAUAAUGCGCUCCAAUCAAUGACACAGCUCAGAAGCCUGAUAUUACAAAAUAAUUAUCUGUCUGAACUGCCAGUGGCCGUCCAAGGACUCACCACACUGGAAGUCUAUGACCUUAGCAUCAAUGACAUCAGUGAACUUUACUGUCCUUACUUCUGGAAUUUAACAAGCCUAACAAUACUCGAUCUGAGCCACAAUUAUAUAUCCUAUAUCUAUGAGUGUGUUUUUGAAAAUUUAAACAAUUUGAAAAUCUUAAAUCUUGAAAACAAUAAGAUUUUGUCAUUUAUAAAGACCUUCAAUGAUAAAUUACAGACAUUGGAGUUUUUGAAUUUGAGAAAUGUUGAUAUCAUGAAUUUCAUUCAAGGAGAUUUUCAUAGUCUGUCUUCCCUUCAAUAUUUGGAUAUUGACUUACACGAGUGUGUCAGUGUUGAUGAAGGAGGGUUCGAAGGACUUGAUAACCUCCAGAUUCUUUAUCUGUUAGGUGAUAAUUAUUUUUAUGACCAUUUCAGUGGACUGUCAAAUUUAAGCACUCUGAUCCUAAAUGUUGUUUCUAGCCAGCCACAUAACAGCUCUGAACAAAGGGAUAAGCCUUUCUCAAAUUUACCCAGAUUGAAGGAACUUGUGAUCAAGGUUCAUAAAGGUUAUUACGAUAUUUCCAAAGAUGUUCUCAGUGGUCUGACUUCUUUAGAGUCCUUAAGGACAGAGGCAUACUUCAUGGGAUCUUUGCACCCAGACACAUUUAAACACACACCACAACUGAAAGGUCUUACGAUAACUUACAGCGAGCUUUCAGUUUUAACAUCUGAUGUCUUCUUGCCAAUUCCAAACCUGAUGAUGCUCGACCUCUCCAACAAUAAACUCAGGUCUUUGGAUUUUCUAGCAGAGGCCAAACUGCUAACACUCAGAUGGCUCGAUGUCAGUAACAAUGAAUUGUUUGUAAUCAGCGAAACAGUCAUCCGAUCCCUUCCAGACUUGACAUAUCUGGAUCUGUCUGCUAACCUUUUAACAUGUGAAUGUUCUAAUUAUGGUCUUAUCCAGUGGAUUCAAAGCAGCAAACAGACACAGGUUGUUAAUGCACAUCAGUACACUUGCGCGUUUCCUGUUAGCCAACGGGGAAACAAAUUCCUUGACUUUGGUUUUGACUCCUGUUGGAUAGAUGCUGCCUUGCUCUGCUUCCUUUUUAGUUCUAGUCUAGUUGUGCUUACUCUCCUUGCAUCCUUCAUCUACCACUUCCUGAGGUCACACCUCACUUAUGCCUACUACCUCUUCCUGGCCUUUCUCUAUGAUAAUAAGAGGAGAAAGAAAGGUAUUCCUCACAGCUACGAUGCCUUUGUCUCCUACAAUGUUCAUGAUGAAGCUUGGGUCUGCGGAGAGUUGCUUCCAGAGCUGGAGGGUCAGCAGGGCUGGAGACUCUGUCUGCACCACAGAGACUUUGAACCAGGUAAGCCCAUCGUAGAAAACAUUACAGAGGCCAUCUAUAGCAGCAGAAAGACUAUCUGUGUGAUCAGCCAGCAUUACCUGCAGAGUGAGUGGUGCUCCAAAGAAAUCCAGAUGGCCAGUUUCCGUCUGUUCGAUGAGCACAAGGAUGUGUUGAUCCUGGUGUUUCUGGAGGACAUACCAGCCAAGCAGCUGUCUCCGUACUACCAAAUUAGGAGUCUGGUGAAGAAAAGCUCUUACCUGAGCUGGCCACAUGCUGGUCAACAUACUGGAAUCUUCUGGCAGAAAAUACGACAAGCUCUCGAGAGAGUUGAAAACCCCACUGACCACACGUGCCUCCUCACUGGAUAGCCCAUAGUCCUCUACUGAAGUUUACCUGAGGUGUAAAAAUCACUGAUUGUUUGUAAAAGACAGAUGUAAUUAUUGCAAAUGAGAAUAAAGCGGGAUAUGCUUUUACAGUGAGACUGACAACUUGCUCUGCUUAUCAUUUAAUAUCCAUGUCAGAUUCAGUCCAUUACGUUUAAAACAACAAAAUGAAGACUGCAAAAAUGCUCAACUAGAGGCUUCAGAAUGGGACUUCUCCAGCUGGUGGAUGAUGCUGUGGUGGCUCCAUCCAUCUUAUAUAUACUGUAAAGGUGGAUAUAUAAAGCUAGCUCAUAUACACGUAAUAUAACGUUUGUGCUUUUUGUUUGGUAACUUCCUGUGUGACCGGAAGUGAAUAUUGUAACAAAAACUAGCUCAAUCAGAAAUGUAUCAUUUGUAUUGUAUACUUUAAGUGAAAACGGUUAGACCAAUGUAAUGAGCUGUUAAAAUGGUGUUACAUGAAUAGCAUGGUAAUUGUUUUGUUUGUGUACCUCUUACGUUGGUUCAUUGUCUGUUACACGGCAAGGAAUAAUAAAAGUCAUUCAACAAUCAUCA